GUGCGAGCGGAGCGCCAACGCGAAGCGAAAGCUCUCCUUCUGCGUCUCCUUCUCCUCUGCUAGCGGGCUGAACCGGGCGCUCAGAUCGCUCCCUCCGCUCCCGCUUACGGUUUACGGCGCUUUUGGAUAUAUUUAUGUUGUUUGGUAAGGGGGGGGGAGGCGAUGAACGACCGUCUGGAUCCUCGGCUCCAGAGAGGACGAUCAUGUGAAGGCGGAGCGGGCAGCGCUGUGUGACCGCCAGCGUUCCCCCCCCAUCACUGCCGCCGCCGCCGCCGCCGCCGCUGCUCUUGGAUUGGAACAAGCUUUUAGCUUCUUCUUCUUUUUUUUUUUUGGGGGGGGACCUUUUCGCAUUUGAAUCCUACUGCGCAAGCAGACGGAUCACGUGGGACGUGGAGUUGAUCGAUUUACAACAGUUAAAUGUGAAGAGAAAAGCAAAGCGAGUGAAGGGAUUUUUUUUUUUUUUACAUUUUCUUUUUUUUUUUUGGUGUGUGUGUGUGGGGGGGCACUAAACGAAGAAACACGUGAGUGGAUUAUUAUUUUUCUCCUUUUCCAUUUUGUUGUUACUACUAAGAUGGAGACGCACAUCUCGUGCCUGUUCCCGGAGAUCCUAGCCAUGAUCUUCAGCUACCUGGACGUGCGGGACAAGGGCCGGGUGGCCCAGGUGUGCGCGGCGUGGCGGGACGCUUCCUACCACAAGUCAGUGUGGCGGGGCGUGGAGGCCAAGCUGCACCUGAGAAGGGCCAACCCGUCCCUGUUCCCCAGCCUGCAGGCCCGGGGCAUCCGGCGGGUGCAGAUCCUGAGCCUGCGGCGCAGCCUGAGCUACGUGAUCCAAGGGAUGCCCAACAUCGAGAGCCUGAACCUGAGCGGCUGCUACAACCUGACGGACAACGGCCUGGGUCAUGCCUUCGUGCAGGAGAUCCCCUCGCUGCGCGUGCUCAACCUGAGCCUGUGCAAGCAGAUCACGGACUCCAGCCUGGGCCGGAUCGCCCAGUACCUGAAGAACCUGGAGGUGCUGGAGCUGGGCGGCUGCAGCAACAUCACCAACACGGGCCUUUUGCUGAUCGCCUGGGGCUUGCACAGACUCAAGAGCCUGAACCUGCGCAGCUGCCGGCACGUGUCGGACGUGGGCAUCGGCCACCUGGCCGGGAUGACCCGGAGCGCGGCCGAGGGCUGCCUCAGCCUGGAGUACGUGACGCUGCAGGAUUGCCAGAAGCUGACGGACCUGUCGCUCAAGCACAUGUCCAAGGGCCUGGCCAAGCUACGGGUGCUCAACCUGAGCUUCUGCGGAGGCAUCUCGGACGCCGGCAUGCUGCACUUGUCGCACAUGGGCAGCCUCCGGGUGCUCAACCUGCGCUCUUGCGACAACAUCAGCGACACGGGCAUCAUGCACCUGGCCAUGGGCUCGCUGCGCCUGGCCGGCCUGGACGUGUCCUUCUGCGACAAGGUGGGCGACCAGAGCCUGGCGUACGUGGCGCAGGGCCUGUACGGCCUGCAGUCGCUCUCGCUGUGCUCGUGCCACAUCAGCGACGACGGCCUGAACCGCAUGGUGCGGCAAAUGCACGAGCUGCGGACGCUCAACAUCGGCCAGUGCGUGCGCAUCACGGACAAAGGCCUGGAGCUGAUCGCCGACCACCUGACUCAGCUAGCCGGCAUCGACCUGUACGGCUGCACCAAGAUCACCAAGCGCGGCCUGGAGCGCAUCACGCAGCUGCCCUGCCUCAAGGUGCUCAACCUGGGCCUGUGGCAGAUGACCGAGAGCGAGAAAGUGCGGUGAAACUUGGGGGG